AAGACGGGCACGACUGUGGAGUUGUCAUGAAUAAACACAAUAAAUGCAGCGUGUGAUGGAUCGAGCUAGGAAACAAUAUGGCUUCAAAUCGCUAGUUGUUGCCCAUCUGUGUACAAACCCUUCCUUUUACUCAGGGAGGCUCCUCCCCUGCUGUGACAGACUGACAGCAAAGGCUCCGCCCCUCACUGUGGCAGCCAGCGAGCGCAUUAUUUUAUAAAGUGAAAGACUUGAGAAUGGCAGGAAGAUCAAAGACGCAGGUAUCGCGUCAAUCUGAUUAAUCACUCCCACAGAGAUGGAGCCACCUGUCUGGAGGCGACGUCUGCUUUGAAACCAGCUGAAGAUGGCGUGCAUCUUGUCGACUGAGAAGAAACAUUUGAACUCACUGAACUCUUACAUCCUUUUUUCUCUCUGCAGGAGCAGCGAACAACAGUGAAGGAAAAGCAUCAUUUGCUUCAAUGAGAACCUCUUAUGGGAUACGACUGCCCACACAUCAGUGUCCAGAGGACCUCCUGGUCACAGACUCCGCCCCCUGGGCUCACAGGGGUGCCGAGUGGGUUUAAAUUGGGCUGUGCAGAAUAACAGAUAAGCGAGUCUGUUCUCUCUUCACUUCUAUCUCUGCAACACACGUCGUCACCGAGCACAGCUGGACUUUAGAACCCAAAAGGACAGCGUGUAUAGUGGACCCAGGAGGAACGAUGACAACUGUUAUGGCCUUGCAGUCGCUUUCACGACGAGAUGACACUGGAUGCAACAGUCCAAGCUCAACAAACAAUGAGGAGCCAGAGCUGUGCAUGAAUGAACGCAUUGAUCUGAUGGUGAAAUAACAUGCUGCCCAAAUAGGGGCGGGUAUCUACCAGCGCAGUCAGUGAUACUGUCAAGAUCACAGACGACGGUCCAAAGCCCAUCAUGGACUGAGUGGACACCGAACACGUUAAGUCAGAGUACGCUGGGAUGGUCUGACUUGCUCCAGCUUCCACGUGCUGCACAACAGGACGGGAUAUCACACUUGCAGGUCUUCCUCCUGUCAGGAGGAUGUACACAGUCCAAGUAUUCAUGUCUGCGGCCACGAUGACAAACAUGACCGUCCAAGACCAUGCUGACCCCUAUGACUCCAUCUACCCAAUCAGCUUCCAGAUUUCUCUGACAGCCUUCCUGCUUCUGGAGAUCGUUCUGGGGCUCAGCUCCAACCUGACAGUUCUGGUCCUUUACUGCCUGAAACAAAACCUGAUCAGCUCCGUGUCCAACAUCAUCACCAUGAAUCUGCACGUGGUGGACGUGCUGGUGUGCAUAUGCUGCAUCCCACUGACCACCGUGGUGGUCCUACUGCCUGUAGAGGCAGAGACUGCCUUGAUCUGCUGUUUCCAUGAGGCCUGCAUCUCCUUUGCAAGUGUAGCUACAGCCGCCAAUGUCCUGGCCAUCACUGUGGACCGCUAUGACAUCUCGGUGCGUACGGCAAACCGUGUACUGAAGAUGGGCCGAGCAGUGGUUCUGCUGGGGUCCAUCUGGACUCUAUCCUUCUUCAGUUUCCUGGUUCCCUUCAUAGAAGUAGGAUUCUUUGUGGACUCUGGAUCCAACUUGGGGAACCAGACUGUGGUGGCGAUGGUGGCUCAGGACAAUGAGUUCCGCACAGAGCCGGGUCAAUACUACCACCUGCUGGCUCAGAUCCCCAUAUUUUUUUUCACAGCUGUGGUCAUGUUGGUGACGUACUACAAGAUCCUUCAGGCGCUCAACAUUCGCAUUGGAACGCGCUUCCAGCACAACCUGCCUAAGAAGAAGAGUAAGAACAGCAUAUCUUUGAGCACGUCGGCACGGGCGGAGUCCGCCGAGGCAUCACAGAGCAGCACAGGCGUCCGAGAAGGUGGGAAUGCUCCACUGGGCAUCAGGGCGUCGGUCUCCGUCAUUAUUGCACUCAGGAGGGCCGUGAAGCGGCAUCGGGAGAAACGGGAGCGACAAAAACGUGUCUUUAGGAUGUCUCUUCUGAUCAUCUCCACGUUCCUGCUCUGCUGGACGCCGAUAACCGUCCUCAACACGGUCAUCCUGAGCACCGGACCCAGUCGAUCCACAGUCCGCCUCCGUAUGGGCUUCCUGCUCAUGGCCUAUGGGACCACCAUCUUUCACCCUCUCCUCUACGCCUUCACGCGACAGAAGUUCCAAAAGGUUCUGAAGAGCAAGAUGAAGAAGAGGGUCGUGUCCGUCGUGGAAGCCACGCCCACCCCCAACAACACGGUCAUUCGUAACUCAUGGAUCGACCCCAGGAGAAAUAAGAAGGUCACUUUCGAGGACACAGAGGCCAGACAGAGGUGCCUGUGCACACAGGAAGCGGACUAACGCCUAAAGAGAAAGUGAUACGCACAAAGCUGUAUGAAGCUGCAGACGACAGCCAACUGCCAUAAAAGCCACAAACAGAAGACGGUGUAAGGUUGGAAAUAUUUAAAGUAUGACAGG